AUGGCUGAAAACGCGUCUGCCUUGCGACUCAAAUUUCUGCAGCAUUCUGCCAAUUUAUUGAGUUCAAGCGGCGUUUCUACGGCCGCCCAUCUGAUGACACUACACAAUCGCCUGAUACAUGCAGACUCCAAGCCAUUGAAGCCACGGCAGCAUGAAUCGUGGUGCGGUGCGUGUGGCAGUUUCCGAGACAGUGCUCAUACAAAGGUCUCAAAAACCAAGCGAAAAAUUACUUCAAAGAAACCUGAGCCCGAGUCAAGAGAUGUCUUAGAGGAGGUGGUUGUCUACCAGUGUCUUCGUUGCCACAAGCAAACUGUCCGACGACUACAGUCCUACGCCCGCCAACAACGCGAACCAAGCAGUAUCUCUGUAGAUACACAGCCAAAGGCAGCUCCUACGAACCAACAUCUAUCUACACUAUCUACCACUCCAGGCCCUGCACCUAGUGUGGCGAGCAUGUCCUCUGCUUCUGCGACAGCUUUGGACAAUGCGAGCAGCAAGAAGCGAGCCAAGGCGCGGAAACAAGGAGGCCUCCAAGCCCUCAUGGCCUCGAAACAGCGCUCGCAAGCAUCCAAUGGGGGAUCCUCUCUCGAUCUACUGGACUUUCUACAGCAAUAA